UCAUAACUGUACACACAGAAAGACAAGAUGGCAGCGCUCUGACGUGCGAGGAGGAUAUAUUUGAAUAUUAGAAAGAGACAUUUCUGGUCUCCGUCAUCAUGAGCGGUACUGCGUUCGUCUACGAUGAGGAGAUGACCCGCUACAAACUGCUCUGGACCGAUCCCGCCUGUGAGAUAGAGACGCCGGAGCGGCUGACAGUGAGUUAUGAAGCUGUGAAGAGUGCAGGUCUGGAGCAGCGCUGUGAGCCGCUGUCUGUCCGCCAGGCCACUGAGGAGGAGAUUCUGCUGGUUCACAGCAAAGAAUAUCUUGAAGCAGUGAAACAGACCCCUUACUUGAGCUUGGAAGAUCUGAUGACCUUCACUCAGCAAUAUGGAGACGUCUACUUCCAUCCUAAUAUCUACCAUUGUGCUAAGUUGGCUAUUGGGGCCACACUACAACUAGUGGACAGUGUAAUGACGGGGAAAGUGAGAAAUGGGAUGGCCCUUGUAAGGCCCCCUGGUCAUCACAGCCAACGGAGUGCAGCCAAUGGAUUCUGUGUGUUCAACAAUGUGGCCAUUGCAGCUCUCUAUGCCAAAAAGCACUACAACCUCAACAGGGUGUUGAUCGUGGAUUGGGAUGUUCAUCAUGGGCAGGGAGUUCAGUACUGCUUUGAAGAAGACCCCAGUGUGCUGUAUUUCUCAUGGCAUCGCUAUGAGCACCAGCGUUUCUGGCCCAACCUUGCCGAGUCUGACUACGAUAGUGUGGGUAAGGGAAAAGGAACCGGCUUCAACAUCAACGUGCCCUGGAACAAGGUCGGGAUGACCAACAGUGACUACCUCUCUGUUUUCUUCCAUGUUCUCUUACCUGUUGCAUAUGAGUUUGAUCCUGAGCUGGUGCUGGUCUGUGCAGGGUUUGAUUCUGGAAUAGGAGAUCCAGAGGGUCACAUGUGUGCCACUCCAGAGAUUUUUGGCCACCUUACACACCUUCUGAUGUCUCUGGCCAAUGGCAGGCUGUGUGUUGUCCUAGAGGGUGGGUAUAACUUGACUUCGCUUGCCCAGUCAGUUUGCCAGACAUUGCAGACCCUGCUCGGAGACCCAACAUCCUUAUUGACUGGUAUUGGCUCCCCAUGUCACAGUGCUCUGGAGUCUGUUCAGAAUGUUCGAGCUGUUCACCAGAAGUACUGGGGCUGUUUCGAACAUACAGCUAAAUCUACAGUCUCAGAGCCAAGCACCAAGCGCUGCAGAGUGGAAGAAGGAGAUGGAGAGAAGAAAGAGGAGGACAAAACAGAGGAGAAGACUGAGGAUAUUAAGUGGCCUGAACCCUUACCGCGCCCUGCACCUCCUGUACACACAGUUGUGGUGAUCACCACAGAACUUGAUGGCUCAUUGCCAGAGGGCUGUCAGUACCUGGGUGAAAUAGCACAGACCUAUAUUGAGGAGGCAGAAAGACUCAGGAAAGAACAUUUUGAAGACAUGACUCACGAGAAGUCAUUAGAGUGCCUCCAGAAUGUUGUUUCAGUUUUGGAGAAAAUCAAGAGCAAAGGGGUGCGUAAUGGCUUGGUGGUGGUGCCUGAUGUGUGUGUAUCUGUGAGCUGUGCUGUACAGCAUGCCUUAAAGUCCCUCUGUGAUCGGGUCUUGGUGGUAUUUGUGGGGGACGAUGAUGUUACAGUGGACAUUAGCAGUGGGAGAGUGCUUUUGGUGCAGUUCUGUAGUAAGGAGCCUGAAGGGGUGACGUCUCACUACCACGUGCCUGUGUGUCUGAGAAAGGGUGGGCGCUGCAGGGCGAGUGUGAUGCAGGCCAUGCUGGGUCUGCUCCUGCCUCUGGCGUAUGAGUUUGGUCCUGGCCUGGUGCUGGAGGUCCUGGCGGGCAGUGCUGGGUUGGAGGUGUCAGUCUGGGCCCAGAUCAGCAGCCUGCUGCAGGGAUUGGCACAGGGCAGGACGUUGACCCUACUUCAGCAGGGCUGUGAUGGAGACAUGGUGAGAGCUACAUGUGCUUCUCUUUCUGGGUCUCCUGCUCCUUCUCUCAGUCCUCUGGGUCUUCCAUUAGCUGAGGAUGUGGAGGCUAUAGAGUCACAGAGACUGAGACUGCAGGGCCGAUGGGGUCUACUGUUAAACACAAUUUCAGAAAGCAGAACAGAGAGUCAAGAUGGAUGAACACACUCAUACCUCCCUUAGGUCACACCCAGAUUACAAGACUACAAUAACUAUACUGUUAUAUUUUUAUACAGUCAGUUUUCUAUACAAUUAAAGGGUCAUUCUUAGUUACUGUCAGCUAGUUGUCUUUGGUGGAAUGUGUAUCUGUGACCUGAAUUUAGUGAUUACUGAAGUGCUGUGCUGUUACAGCACCCAGUCAAAUCAGCAACGCAUUUCUAGAUUUGACUUGGGGGUGAGCCUCUCCCAGUGUAGUCAGUUCAUCAACAUUAUGAAACACUUCCUGAUUUACAGAAAAAUGGUUAUCAGGGAACAUUGAUGUAGUCUUCCUUUUUAAAUGGUCCUUCAUUCCAAUAAAAAUCAUCUACUGCUUCAUUCCAUUUUCAUCAAAUAGCUGUUCAUUUCUGAUGACUUUCUUUUUGCAUUUACUUCUUUUCCAAGUGUUGUAAUAUUUUGACAUUUUGGUGUUUUUGUACUGGAAUAGAGGGACAAUUCAGUAAACCGAAGUGACAAAA